GGGCAAAUAGUUCUCAGCCGCCAUUUUCAAAAGUUCGCGCGCACAACAAAUUAACAAGGCCUUCACGAUGUCCAACCCGAAUUUGAAUCUUAUCAAUGAAAUAACAACGAUUCUUGCGAGUAACGAUGAUGCUGAAGCAGUCGAAAAUGCCGCAGUAGAGUUAAACGAGGUCAUUCAUUACCGCAAACUCGAGCAAGAAGAAAUCUUCAACUCGAUUCGACAGUUGACCGCCAAAACUGAAUCGGAUUCGGAGAAACUGUUAAAGCUAGAUGGCACAAGUCAGAACAGGACAAUCGGAGAAUUGAAGACCGCAACCAAAAAAUUGAGCUCAGAAAUCAAGGGUAUCGAAACAGAAAUCAAACUUGUAGAACAUGGAAUUGGAGAAAGCAAGAAAAUGCUUGAAGAGAAACGAAAAGAACAGGAGUCGGAGACGAGUGAGCUGUUGCCCAAGACCAAAUACAACUUCAAACUUUACACGAAUAUCUCUCAUAUCAGAUGGAAUUACGAGAGCGAGGAUGAUCAUAUUGCUGGUUUUAUCGCAUGCUUGAAGAAUGUGAAACCGUUCGAUUUGAACGCCAAGCAAAACUCCGAGUAUUUUAUUGCGAACUAUCUUUGGGAUAUGAUCGAAACAAGCAUUGAUUGACUGUACUACUCCGUUAAUAGACAAUAACAGGUUAGUUUUAACAUGGAUAAAACAUUUUACAAAAUUACUGAAGGGACAAUUUGGUCGUAAUUUUUUCUCCCCCCCCCCCUCCCCUAGACAUAAAAAGUACAUAACGAGUACCCCCCCUUGGCUUGGGGUCCAUGUUGAGGCCUGAUUAGAUCCCCUUUGGAAGUUCUGCUCCUCUACCAUUCCUUUGGAAUUUCAAGUCCCCCCAAAUGACAUUGGGUGCCUCACUCUACAAAUAGAGUGGUUUUCACAAACCCAUGGAACACACUUUUGAGUAUAUUUAUCGCUAUAGUACAUUAGACUGCUUACUGUCCUUUCUUUUGCAAACAUCAGUGAAAAUAAGAAAGAAAUGUAUAUCUGUGUUGUAUGUGGUCCUAGGUCAUCUCUGUCAUGCAACAGGAGGGGGGACCUGCCUCUGUGGCAAGCAGAGCAAUUAACUAUGCAUAAACAAACUAAUGACCUGGGGUGGUCUCAUGUGUGCAACACAAACAUACUUUUUCUCUUAUUUUAACUGAUGUUUACCAAAGGAGAGGCUUUAAGCAGUCUACUUUUACCUUCCAUUAUUUUUUGUGUGUGUGCUGGCUUGGCUUUGACUAUUACAAUUUAUGUAAUGAGCCUUAAAUUAAAAUUAAAACACUUAAAUUAGUAAAUUGUAAGAAGAUUUUAAACUAGUUGUUUUAACUGUUUUUAGAGGCUAUCGAAAUAUAUAUUGUAUUUUUAAACAAACAUUGGCCUUGUGAAAUGUAGUGUUUAUUUUUUUGCACAUGAAAAUGAAACAUUUGAAUAAGCACCAAACUUUUUUUUAUUUUGAGCAAAAAAUUCUGUCAACAUCAAUUCAAUUUAUUAAAUGCAGCUCAUCAAAGCAUUUUGUCUAAAGCAAAAGCAUAUUACUUGUAUUUGAUGCCAAAUUCUCUAACUUUUGAUGGUCUGCAAGGAUGACAUCUUAUACUGCAGCAAACACCUGCACAUAAGAACCUAGAGAUUAAAACCUGCAGGUUGAAAUUUGGCAUUUUAAGCACCCUUUUUAUCAGCCUGGUGGGAAAGAAUAGGUUCUUAUUUUAAAGAUCACUAGAAACCUUUUUCAAAAUUCUGAUUUACAGUUGAUAAUGCACUAGCAAUUUGAAAUCCCCAUCUCCAUGGUCCCAAGCAGUUUUGAACAAGAAUCUGUCCUGAAGGGGGUGGUGAAAUUGAUAUUUUUUUUUUCUCUUAGAGAUGUCCUCACCCUAGGGAAGUAGGAACCUGAGGGUAGUGGCUUAUCUUAGAUUGCUUGUUGGCUAAAAUUUCAUGUACUUUACUUGUAAAUGUUUGCAUCUUAGAUUGCUUGUUGGCUAAAAUUUCAUGUACUGUACUUGUAAUGUUUGCAUCUUAGAUUGCUUGUUGGCUAAAAUUUCAUGUACUGUACUUGUAAUGUUUGCAUCUUAGAUUGCUUGUUGGCUAAAAUUUCAUGUACUGUACUUGUAAUGUUUGCAUCUUAGAUUGCUUGUUGGCUAAAAUUUCAUGUACUUUACUUGUAAUGUUUGCAUCUUAGAUUGCUUGUUGGCUAAAAUUUCAUGUACUGUACUUGUAAUGUUUGCAUCUUAGAUUGCUUGUUGGCUAAAAUUUCAUGUACUGUACUUGUAAUGUUUGCAUCUUGGAUUGCUUGUUGGCUAAAAUUUCAUGUACUGUACUUGUAAUGUUUGCACCACAAGGGCUAGGGGCAUUUGAGUUUGCAGUUUUGUGGUCGCUUUUUCAGUUUUGUUCAGGAUUAAAAUCAAAUCCCCCACACUUCCCAGGGACCAUGGGGGUGGGGGUUUCAAAUGACUAGUGGAAAACAAGAAAGAAAGGAUACUUUUCAUAAAUUUUUGGUGCACUGUAUGCUGUGGUUAAAUACAACAUGGGCUUAAAUGUUGUGUUUAGAAAACAUUCUGACUAGAGACUGUUAUAGUUUAGUCUAUAUAAAAAAAUGAGAAUGAAAUAAGAACCUUGCCUGAUUUGUCAAAAGGUAACCCAAUUUAUAAGAACCUAUUCAGCUUGCGAUUGUAAUUGUACACCCAUUUUGUAAUAUGUUGCUGACACCACCUGUUAUUCAGCCUUGUGAUGAGAGGCGGUAAUAAACUGAUGAUUGCAUAA